AUGGACGCCAGACAGGUCGAUCCCGACGUCGCGACGUUCCUCGAUGCAGCACUGUUGAGUGGGCACACAACACGCAUCCUCCACGCGCUGCUGCAAGGGCCGGACUCUUGGAGACUGCGACUGCAACUGCAAAAGUUGGCCGGCGUGCAGCGCGUGCUGGACACUGCAAGCGUUGCCUCUUGCUUCUUGCCCGUGGCCGCACCCAUCACAAAGCUAAUCGCUUCCGACCGCUCCGAGGUGGUGAAGCAGGCGUGCAGGCACAUGAGCACAGCGCUCAACAAAGCCCAAGUCUUUCGUCAAGCUGGCAAAGACUGCCUCUCAAAGAUCACCAGCGUGUCGAAAUACGAUAUCAAGAUCCUUGUGUACCUGUACGCUCGACGCCUCAUCGUGCAGCAGGUGACGACGGUCGUCACAGUAUGGCCCAAGCCGGAACUGGCUGAGCACUGCGACGAUCUGUUGCUCCUCCUCACUGGCGCCAUUGAAGACCCAAAAGGUUUCGUUCGCUUGUUGGCCCGCCAAUCGUUGUGCGCGUUUGCCGAGGCAUGGAGCGAGCGCAUGGAACAAUUCGCAGAGAUUCUGCCGCUGCCCCAACGACCCUUGAUCAUCGUAGAACACCCGUCGGGGGCGACUUCCGCUAUGACGUCAGUUGCGUUCAGCGCCGACCACCCGCCACGAGGGAAACGAGGCUACUCGGUGGUUGACGAAGAUUCGUUAUGCAAUGCAGCGCAGGCCCCGUGGUGGUCACUAGCAACGUGCGUGCCCAAGGCGGUCUUUGGCUGUUGUGAAGUCGAUGCUCUGCUCGGUCUGUGGACUGAUGCAGUGGAUUUACACUUGGGCGAUGUCGUCCAACGUUGA